CAGGGGGAGGAGUGUAUCUCCUUGAUGAUUGUGUAAUUAAAUAAUAAUAAUAAUAAAAAAUCCUUAGGUCUGAUUUGAAAAGCUGAAACGGUGCAGAGGGUGUAACCGGUGCGAUUUUCCCCUUCAAGUUAGCAAAGAGGGAGAGAACGGAAGAGAGGGAGUGGGAGCCUGAGCUGCGAGCCUUCCUUAUGGUGAGAUAUAGAUGAUACAUCACAUCAAUUUAUUAUUGACACGGCUCGGACCUGGAAGAGGAGUAACAGAGUGUGGGAACUGCCUUCAUCUUCUUCACUCCGAAGCUUAAAAUAAUCUUCCUAACACUGCGGUUACAAAUAAACCCAAAAAACUUUAUAGGAUCGGGAAUCCCCAUCACUUCCACGCGAACCCAUUUCACGGACUGGCGAAGCAGCGCUACCCACGCGCCAGCCUUUAGAACGUUGCCCAGGGAAGGAGCGGCGCUAGGGCAGCAGCAUACCGGUGGUUCUACUGCGUGAGACACCCGCAGCGAAGUCACCUCCUCUUGCGGACCCGCUGAGUUUACACUGAGCCGCUGCUGAUAACGUACAAUGAAUAGGUGAAAUCGUGCUCAUUUUCAUGCUCAUCUGGGGAUCACCACCGCACGCCAAGCCAUGAUGUAUUCUCCUAUCUGCCUCACUCAGGAUGAGUUCCAUCCGUUCAUCGAGGCACUUCUUCCACAUGUCCGUGCAAUUGCCUAUACUUGGUUUAACCUACAAGCCCGUAAACGCAAAUAUUUCAAGAAACAUGAGAAGCGAAUGUCGAAAGAUGAAGAGAGGGCAGUUAAGGAUGAAUUGUUAAGCGAGAAGCCAGAAAUCAAGCAGAAAUGGGCGUCCAGGCUCUUGGCCAAACUCCGCAAAGAUAUCCGCCAGGAGUACCGUGAGGAUUUUGUUCUCACCGUAACAGGGAAGAAGCAUCCCUGCUGCGUGCUGUCCAAUCCUGACCAGAAAGGCAAGAUCAGGAGAAUUGACUGUCUGCGACAGGCCGACAAGGUCUGGCGUUUGGAUCUGGUCAUGGUCAUCCUCUUCAAAGGCAUCCCACUGGAAAGUACAGAUGGGGAGCGUCUUGUCAAAUCACCACAUUGCACCAACCCAGCACUUUGCGUCCAGCCACACCAUAUAACCGUAUCUGUCAAGGAGCUUGAUUUGUUCUUGGCAUAUUAUGUACAGGACCAAGAUCCUGGACAAUCAGGAAGUCCAAGCCACAAUGAUCCUGCCAAGAAUCCACCAGGGUACCUAGAAGACAGUUUUGUAAAGUCUGGAGUCUUCAAUGUCUCAGAACUUGUGCGAGUUUCUAGAACUCCGAUAACACAGGGUUCUGGAGUAAAUUACCCAAUAGGAGAGCCACUAAACCAGCCAUACUAUCAUGAUAUGAACUCAGCGGUCAGCUUACAGAGGUCACUUUCCUCUCCACCAAGCAGCAAAAGACCCAAGACCAUUUCUAUAGAUGAGAACAUGGAACCAAGUCCAACAGGGGACUUUUACCCUUCUCCAAAUUCACCAGCAGCGGGAAGUCGGUCAUGGCAUGACAGAGAUCAAGACAUGUCCUCCCCAACAAUGAAGAAGCCUGAAAAGCCAUUGUUUAGCCCAACAUCUCCACAGGAUUCUUCAUCAAGACUGAGCACUUUUCCCCAGCAUCACCACCCGGGAAUACCAGGAGUAGGACAUAGUGUUAUCUCAACAAGGUCAUCACCCUCCCCGUUGCCAUUUUCAGCACCAGCUAUACUUCCUCCGGCCCCAACGUCAUACUUUUCUCAUCCAACAAUCAGAUAUCCUCCCCAUCUGAAUCCUCAGGAUGCUCUGAAGAACUAUGUUCCGUCUUAUGACCCGUCCAGCCCACAAACAAGCCAGCCCAACAGCAGCGGCCAAGUUGUAGGAAAAGUUCCUGGCCACUUUACUCCAGUAUUGGCACCAUCUCCCCAUCAUGGAGCUGUACGACCAGUAACACUAACCAUGACGGAUACAAAGCCCAUCACCACAUCCACUGAAGCCUACACAGCCUCAGGGACGUCACAAGCCAACCGGUAUGUCGGAUUAAGCCCAAGAGAUCCAGCCUUCCUACAUCAGCAACAGCUGAGGAUUUGUGACUGGACCAUGAAUCAAAACGGCAGGCAUUUAUACCCCAGUGCCAGUGAGGAUACAUUGGGAAUAACUUGGCAAAGUCCUGGUACCUGGGCUAGCUUGGUUCCAUUUCAAGUAUCAAACAGGACGCCUAUCCUACCAAGCAAUGUCCAAAAUUAUGGACUUAAUAUAAUCGGCGAACCCUUUCUUCAAGCAGAGACAAGCAACUGAGGAAAAACAUAAACUGAACAAAGAAGAAAGGAAAACAGGACAAAAAAAACUUAAGAGAAGAUAAACUGACCAGCAUUUGCAGCACUUACAAUCACUGAUUCCUUUAACCUUUUCAGUGCUUGCAUGACCUGUGAUGCAUUGCCAAGCGAUGCUUUGCAGGCCUCCUGAGUACAUAAGGGGUUAAGGCCGAAGCAGUCGUGACACUGAAAGGGUGGCUACUAUAUUUCACGGAUGGGUAGAACGCAACUCCUGCUAAACUAGCCUUUGUUAUCUGAUGUCCGCUGGGAAAUAGGCACUCUUUCUCCACGACAAUAUGUUUUUUAUGACUUUUCUAGAUGCCUUAAUAAUUGCAUGAUAAGCUAGUCCUGUUUGGUUUUAGUCUUCUUGUUGUUUACGCAUGGGAACACUAUUCCCAGUUUUCUCACAAAACAAAGGCUCUAAGGCAGCAUCGGAGCUGCAAAAAGAAAGAAACAAAAAUGGCCACCAGGCCUCCCCCACCAUAAAUUGACUUGUUUAUAACGGUUGUCUUUUUUUUACAGCAUGUACAAUAAUAUAGUUAUUUAACCUUCAAUCACUGAUAUUGGUCAGGAAGAAAUGUAAGUACAGGACUCCCUGGCAUGUGCCUCAGAUCUUUUUUUAGAGUGCUACCUAAUUUGAGAUGUCAGAGGAGCUGUGCCCAUUACAUUCUGGCUGAAAUGAAUUGCCAUUGUGCUUCUAGAGAGUUACCAGCUCCAGUAACAGUGGAAGAACUGAAACAUGCCCACAAAAGAAUAAUGUAGAGGCAAGUGCGGCUAAAGAAUUGAGUACUUAACGAGUCAUAGUUGGAAUCAGUCUUUUAGCCCUUAGACUCUAAACAGUAGGGCCCGAAAAAAAAAGCUAUAACCUGUUCAGUGUCAGAGCUGCCAUAAGAUUUCCUAGUGCUGCUUUUGCACUGACAGGUAAAUGGAAUUUAAUUCAAAUGUUUUUUUUGUUUGUUUUUUAUUCCCUCCGUGUGAGGGUUAUUUAAAAAGAAAAAGCGGCAAAUCCAGACAAAUCAUGUAUUUGAGGGAUAUAAAUGAGAGGACACGUAGCACUUAUAUUGAUUGCGCUGCUGUAAUGCAGCCACUUAUUUAUUUGUAAUUACCAGUUAUGUUGGGGGAAUGAAGUGGGAGUCAGCACUAGUGACAUGACAGAGACAGCAAAUGCAAGUUUCGUACUUGUAGUUUGCAAAAUGGAAAGAGAAGCAGCAAGUCGUACACAGAGAGCAGUGGUAUAUACAUCCCGACUGGCUGAGAUCAGACAGCAAGCCUGUACUGAAACAUGCAAGGUGCUGCCAGUAACUUUGUCUUGACUCACAUUCUCAUGCAGAAGUGCAAUGCACAUUACAGAAUUAAGCCUUUCUAAAUCUUUAAAAUACCAUUUAUAGUAAUUAAAUACAUGUUCCAGUAGUUCUAAUUUGCACGAGAAUAUAAUGUCCACAUUACGUGCCUUGCCUUGAAUUAUAAGAAAAAAAGGUGACAUCACUAUACUUGUUUUGCUGCAUUUAUUAUCAUUUUAAAUCUUUACCAUUUUUAUGACAAAAUAUUUUGUACUCCAGAGGAAAAGAAAUGUGACAUCAUGAAUUUUUUAAAUAGUUAUAUCUUCUCACAUUUAUAAAGCAUAUCAUGGCUGUGUAUAAUUGCCGCUUAAAAAAUUGUAAUCAACCAGCAAUAUUUUCAGUAUUUUGGUGUUUUUCUAUUAACCUUUCAUGUUUUUUUCAUCUUCCAAUUAAUAAGGGGAAGGAGGGAGGGGCAGGUAUGGGGUUGAAAUUUUUACAAAUUAUGCAAUACCAAGUUUUGCCUAUGUAGGUAGCGCUUUUAGCAGUAUUUGGUUAUUCUAGGUAAUUUCGCAGAUAAAAAAAAAAAAGUACAAAAAAGAUAUAAAAAUAUGUAUGCUUUUUGUUUUUGUUUUCUUUUCAAUUGACCAAAGUGGGUAUUGCAAUUUUUGCAGCUUGAUGAGGUCCUUUUGUGUACUGACAUGGAGAGGGAAUUUUGUUUUAUAUAUAUAUGGAAAUAUAUAUAAAUAUAUAUAUAUUGGGUGGGUGGGAGGGCAAAAUAAAUGUUAAGCUCUUUACAAGGCUGCUAUAAAGCAGAAUGCCCAUAGAGUGGCCUUGCCUGCAAAGUAAAUUUAUCUUUUCACUGUAACUCAUUGAUUUAAAAUUGGCACAUUUAACAGUUCAUACAUGUUAACAAAAUAUGUUUUUUUUUCUACCCCAGACAUAAAUUGUUUAAAGGUGUCAGCAUUACAAUUGCAAUGUAAAGAACAUAACAAUUAUCUUAUUCACCUGUACAGCUUAAAAGCAGGGCCACCCUUACUUAGCAUUUGGGGACCCUGGGCAAGACAAAUUUGUAGGCCCUCUAAGUCCAGCACCUGUAUUCUCCUCCCCCUGUACGGCCCACUCCUGUCCCAACAUUGGCCUAGAUUACGAGUGGUGCGCUAACUGUUGCUCAUGAGCAAUAAAGGGUAUAUUGCGGCCCCUUGAGUGCAUCAGAAGUAGCGUGCAUAUUAUAAGUUGAAAGUCAGUGCAUUCGCUUGAGCCCAAUCGGGUUACACUCACAAUAACACUGAUAAAAAUGAUUUUAACAAAUUCAAAGAUAUGAGGUCUCAGGUGCUGCAAAGGGCUUUAACAUAAAGCUACAUACAUACACACGUCUACAUUUAUAUAUAUAUAUAUAUAUAUAUAUGUAUUUAUAUGUGUAUAUAUGUAUUUACAGACAUAUAUACACAUAUAAAUACAUAUGUAUACCUAUAUAGACAUAAAUAUACUGUAUGUGCAUUAGAGCCCUUUGCAGUCUAGUAGUUUAAAGGGACAUUAAACACUUUGAGAUGGUAAAUGAUAGAUCUUAUAUAUAAGAAAAACUCUGCAAUAUACUUUCAUUAUUUAUUAUGUACCUUUUCCUGUAACUACAUUCUGAAAUUGUGAGCUUUUCAGUUCCUGUUAGAAAUGGAAGUGCAGAACAAUGAUAUAUUCCACACAGCCAUUAGCUGCACACUCUAGUGAACCAUUUUAUAAAUUACCCUAAUUGGCCACAGCCAAAAAGGUAACCUAAGUUACAACAUGACAGCUCCCAUUGUUUUAUAGAAACUAAAACUUUGCACUAAUUUUGCCAAUAUUUAAACAGCUAAUUGAGCUUUAAAAAAUACAUCUACAUGUUAUUCUCAGACUAAUCUUUGCUUUGAAUGCAUCAUUCUAUAUAACAUUUAUUUAGUGUUUAAUGUCCAUUUAAACAUGUAAAAUCUAAUUGUAAUCUAGCCCAUUGAGUUUUACCAAUGUAAAGAAUAACACUAAAUACAUACCUCCUGAUCCCUUUAACAUUUCUUCCUAAACUAAAUUCAGCAUGUAUACUGUACCUUUUCAUACCCUCAAAUCUAUCAGUGCAGGGCCCUAGGUGGCUGCACCUUUCGUCUUGCCCAAAGAACAGGCCUGCUUAAAAGUCACAAAUAUUUGAUCUAUUAACCACUAAUGACUAUUGGAAAUCUGUUCACCUGAAGUUAGUAAAUAAUUUUGUUGAAUUUUGUAUUGUGCAUUAUUCAACAUACCAAUGUAAACACUUUUUUUAAAUUAGUGAAUUUUAAGGCCAGUAGAUAAAAUUUGAGUUAGAAUUACUGUAAUAACUACUAAAUCACUGUUGAAAGCCUUCUAUUUAUUUAUUAGCUUUAUUUAUUUAUUAGUUUUUUUCCCUUUUGUCAUGAAAACAAUAUAAUAUUAAGAAAACAAUUGCAGGCUAUAAAGCUAAAAUGGAAGAAAAAAUGGAUAUUGACUACUUAGAUAUUUUUAUGUUAAUUUGCAUGCCAUUCCAUGAAAAUAAAUAAUAACUUUUUGUGA